GAGGAAGAUUAAAGUGAAGUGGGGGCUUUCAGUAUUACGUUCAUGAAAAAUGGGGACCUUGAGAACUUGUAUGUGGUAGAGGAAUACAGUUGAUGCAAACAAUAAUCACCAUCUCAACUAUAUCCCUAAGGUUGAUAUUUAUCUUUUAAUCUUUUAUGAUGUACUCGGACUUGGUCAUAUGAGAUAAAUUGUUGGCCUUUUGUUCUUUGCAUAUGAUACAGGGGCUGAGUUAAAGAUCAUUUAGAGCCCUCAUUAUUGAUCUUCAUUUGCUUUGCUUUAAAAGAUGGCUCAAGGGAGAGGGAAGCGGAUAAGGAAGGUUAAGAAGGUUCCUCCACCUCAACAUCCAGCUACAACAACUGUGACAGAUAAUAUGUUAGCUACACCUACUGUGAGUGAGAAUGUGCCAGCAACAACUAUUGUGCAUGCUUAUGUGCGAGCAAGAGCUAACAUGCCACCAAGAGCUGAUGUGCCACUGCAAGCUAACGUGCCACCACCAGCUAAUAUGGCCCCAACAAUGCAUCAACCGCCUACCCAACAUGGGAUGACUUUUAUGGGCAUUGGUAUGAAAAGAAAGCGUGGUAAAUCAGGUGGUAAAGCUCUUCAGGACCUUAUAAAGGCUAAUGGUGGACCUCUGCGUGUUGACUUUCAUCCAACCAUCCAUGUCCCGUCUGAUGACAUAAUUUCUAAAAUGUUUACUUCAGAGAUAGGAAUUACUGUCAGAGGUGGGGCACCAGUAUGUCAAUAUGGUUGGUCUGAUGUUGAUGAAGAUGAUAAGAGGGACCUAAGAGAGGAUUUGCGGGUGUUCUUUGUGGUGGAUCUAAGCGAUCCAGUUGUUGUUGCUUAUGUCGAUUCUAAAAUGUCCACUGCUUACUCCCAAUUCAAGUCUCGACUGAAGAAGGAGUGGCAAGGAUUUGGCUCACCUGAGCUGGGACGAGCAAAUCUACCUAAUGCAGAUCUAUGGAAUGAGAGGCAUGUCUCGCAUUGGCACUGGCUUUGUGACAACAUAUACACCAACCAGUCUUGCAUAAAAAUUGCGGAAAAGAAUUCUGCUAAUCGUUAUAUGCAGCAACAUACCCACAGGGCCGGUGCACGACCAUAUGUGCAACAUGCUUUGGCAGCCUCUAAGGAAGGGAAGGAGUUGUCGCUCAUAAAUAACUGGGGAGGGAAACACAAGGAUGAUAAUCAUGAAUGGAUUAAUGAGGUUGCCAAGAAAAAAUAUGAGAAGAUGGAGGUUGAGAGGAUUGCUCUUAUAGAGAAGUUGUACCGAGAGGCUCCCGAGGGUACUCCACAUGAUUCUAUCAAACUGACUUUGGAAGCAGAGUUUCCAAUAAUGGCUAAGGAGCUUGGGAGGAAGGGUAGGAUGAUCCAUGGCAUUGGUAACGUCCCUCAUAUACAUUCUAACAUACACAGAGUAUCUGCAUGUGCUGGCACUAAUUCUGAGGUACCUGAAUUACGUGCUCUUAUCAACCAACUUACCAUCAACAUGCUCAGUAUGAAGGAACAAAAUGGACACUUGAAGGCUCAAGUAGAAAGCUUAUUAAGGCAAUCUCCUGGACAGAUGAGUGAGGAUGACUUCCCCCACCCCAGCACCAACUUCUAAGACUUUGCUUUAGUAGUUUGGGUGAGCAUUUGCUGGACUUUUGGUCUGAUGUCCCUUUUUGUGUAGUUAUGGCUUUUUACCU